CGUCUGUCUGUCUGUGUGUCUGUGUGUCUGUGUGUGUGUGGAGCCGAGGCCGAGGCUGAGGAGAUGAAGAUGGCGGUGGGUAGUGAACCGCGUCGAGGCCUUGAUCCCGACCACCAGCGGCGCGUGCAGGGCCGACAGCAGCAGCUGCUGCGCCUCCUCGGGCACCACGAGCGGCUGCUCACCUACUGCCAGAGCGUGUUGGUGUGGGACCGGCCAUGGCACAGCCUCCUCUUCCACCUCAGCGUCAACGCAGGUUUCUGGUUUCUGGCGUUGACCUCAUUGAGGCUGCUCUUCCUCAUUGCAUUCAGUCUGAUUGUCGUUGUCUGUGCUGACACCUGGAGGAACAAAAUCUGGCCGGAAAUCAAAGAGGAACGUCUGGAAGACCAAGAUGCUGAGAGCUGGGGUCUGGUUCAUCCAAAACUGCUCAGUGUUCCUGAGCUUUGUCAGCGAAUAGCAGAGAUCUGGGUAAAUGGAGCUAGUUUCCUGGAAAAUUUAUACCACUUUAAGAAGCAAAAUCCUGGUAAGUUUUGUCUCUUAGUUUGUGGUGUUUUCACCUUCUUGGCUGUAAUCGGACGCUACGUUCCUGGGGUCUUGCUGUCCUACAUGAGCUUGAUUGGGAUGCUUCUGUGGCCGCUUGCUAUCUAUCACAGUGUGGGCCAGAAGGUUUACGCCAGGAUUGAGCCCCUGCUUGAGCGACUGGAUUUUAGUGUGAAAGGAUACAUGGCAACUAAACAGCGGGAGCGACAGUUGCGCUGCAGAGCAAUGUAUGCAGGAGCGACAGACGACGGGAGUGACAGUGAAGCUGAACUGGAAGCAUUUUGCCCUCAGCUGGAUGAUUCCAUAGUUGCCAAGGAAUUGGAAAUUUCAGACUCUGAGCAUUCGGAUGCAGAAGUGUCGUGUGCUGACAAUGGAACGUUCAAUUUAUCCCGAGGACAAAGCCCAAUCACGGAUGGCUCUGAGGAUCUCGACCGCCACAGCGAUCCUGAAGAAUCGUUUGCCAGAGAUCUUCCAGAAUUCCCAUCCAUUAAUCCCGACGUCACUGGAGUCGACGACGAUGAUGAUGCCAGCCUGGGAAUCCCCGCGGGUCCCGAUCACCUGGUAGUCCAGGAGGAUGAUGCGAGUACGUUUUCUGAUCAGGAAGAUAUAGACGCCGAUAUUUCCCUCAGUGGGAUGCCGUCACCCUUGAAUUUUGUUGGUAGUCAAGGCUUUGGUCUGGCAAACAUGCUGGCCCACCAAAUGAUGGCUGCCGCAUUGUCCGGCGCAAGUCAGGAGACCCAAUACGGGUGGAAGCAGAAUCCUCAGAGGGCCGCUGCUCAGCCUCGGCACGAACACUCGAGUAGUGAGAUGGACACUGACGCGGAAGCCGAUGAUUUUGAACUGUUAGACCAGUCGGAGCUGAGUCAGUGCGAGAGCACCAGCUCACAGGAGAGAGGAACGCACCAGCAUCCAAACACCGCCUCCCCCGAAAACAGUAGUAGCUUUACGGAGCUGAUAUUCCGAGAUCGCAAACCACUGUAGCCACUCACUGGAAGUCAUAGAGUUACCGUAAUACCAUUGUGCCAUAUACCUGUGACACCCCACCCCAGGAACAGCCCUGAUGCCAUACAUUGCGUGUGGCUGAACCUGUUGUGAACGCACUCAGCCAACGCUCACCAUUACUUCCCAUCAGAUGGAAAUAAUCUCAUUGUUCAGGAAGGUGAAGUGGUUGUGUUUAUGCUCUGUUGUAUAUGUUCCUUUUCCUCAAAGCUGUUUCGGAAAGCUCUUGUAUUCUCCAGCUCCUGACUCGGAAUUUCUGUCAAAUCAGCAAAAUCUGGUCUGAGAAUUGCAUUGUUGAUUUGAAUGGUUUCCAUUUUAAGAAAAGGUGAGGAGGCACUGCAGCAAUAGGUUUCAAUAACUAAACCUCGUUAGUAAUUGUCUGACUUCACUUGGUUAGCUCAGCUCCUCAUGUCUGUCAGUCUCCUAUUUGUGCUGCAAAAUGAGAUUCUCAUUUUCAUCAAGCCUGGAUGUAACUUCUGAGUACUUAAGAUAUCACACUUAUUCUAACCUGCACAGUAGACUUAGUAGCACAGUAAACUGUUUAUUCACCUCUUCUCAAUAGGCUGAGAAAGCAGCAUUUGCUGUUUUAAUCAAAACAGGAUGCUAUUGUGCCAUACCUUUUCUGGAAAGAUCAGUGAAAUUAGCUGAUUGGAUUCACACUUCAGCUUUUUCAAAUGUACAUCAGGGACUGAGUUUGUGAGUUUCACAGAUCCAUGUUUGCAUCUUCCAGUCGAGUGGAUUCAAUACCUUUACUACCAUAAGCAUUUCAUAAUCAUCCUCACAGUAAUCUUUGCAUUUGGUAUAAUGCCUUUCUUGUCAGGAGGGAAUCCUAAAGCGCUCCAUUUCCAGCACUAAUGAAAUAUAUUAAUUCGAACACCAGCAAGGGACCAGGGGUAUAAUUUUGCAAUAAUAUUUAAAUUAUACGUCCUGCAGUGGAAGGGUUUGAGUCCGAAAUAUUUUCUCUGAAGUCCAAGGAGGGAAUUGCACGCAGAGGUGAUCCAGCCUUGUGCGUUAACUCGUAUACCAUGAUCAGUCUUAAUUUUCCUUCAUGCUCCAAUGCACAAAAUUACAGUGAUAUCUGAUGGAUGGUGUCAACACAACCCAGUGUUUCUGUGAACUGAUAAAGCGACAGUCGUAUAAAGCUAGUGCCAAAUUGCUAUGAUCUUUACCAGCACUCACUAGGAAUAAGAUCCCAAACAAAUUUCCAUUUUGAAAAGGCUGGCUGAAGAUUCCUCAGAAUUAGUUUCAAUUUUUUUUUCCUCUUCAGCCCUCUGAAAGUUGACCUCGAGCGGAUUUAUUCUGAUAGUUUACAGUAAAAAUUGCAAGCAAUGACGCAGGAAUGGAACUAAAAGAUUCCAGAACUGAUGGCACUUUCAACAGAUUCUUUUAGGACUUUCCCAAGGGCUUGAGUAUUAGAAAUAGACAGCUGAACGAAUCUGCCAAUGAGUGGUGACUAUUUCCUUGUCUGUUAUCUGUCUUUAUUUACAUGGUAUCAGAUAUAUAUAUAUAUAUAUAUACAAACACACACAUAUGUGUGUAUGGGUGGGGGAGGGAACGUCCGAACACAGCCUGUUACUCGAGAUUUAAGAGACACGUGAUAUGUUCAUCUGAAACUUUGGAUAAAGGCAAUCUAAUAUUACUGGUGGCUCCAGGCGCUUUAUCAUUGCUUUGAAUCAUUGCGGCUGUACUUGAGCCACUUGCUCUUGUACUUAUUCAUAUUGCAUAUAUUUAUAAUAUUUAUAUUGGUUUAUUUAGAAUAAUACAUUAUUGCGGUCAAAGCUGUUUGGCUCUGACCUCUUUGCUUCAUUGCACUUAUUCCCUGCUCUGAGCACCAGUGAACUUUUGUUUGAUUUCAAAAACCAGCAAAGGUCAGUUAAAUGGCAUAAAAACAGAAGUCGCUGGGAACACUCAGCAGGUCAGGCAGCUUCUAUGGA